GGUCGAGGGUUUGGUGUGUGUGCCGCCCGCUUCGGGAACAUGGCGACGCUGAAGGCCGUGUGCGUGAUGAAGGGGGAGGGCCCCGUGCAGGGCGUCAUCCACUUCCAGCAGCAGGGUAAUGGACCAGUGAAAGUUACUGGAAAAAUCAGUGGCUUGGCUGAUGGAGAUCAUGGCUUCCAUGUCCACGAAUUUGGUGACAAUACAAAUGGAUGUACCAGUGCAGGUCCUCACUUCAAUCCUGAAGGCAAGCAGCAUGGUGGACCAAGUGAUGCAGAAAGGCACGUGGGAGACCUUGGCAAUGUGACUGCUAAAGGAGGAGUAGCAGAAGUGGCAAUAGAAGAUUCCAUCAUUUCUCUUAGUGGACCACAUAGCAUCGUGGGACGUACCAUGGUGGUCCAUGAAAAAUGCGAUGAUCUGGGUAGAGGGGGAGAUAAUGAGAGCAAACUGACUGGAAAUGCUGGACCUCGUUUAGCUUGUGGUGUCAUUGGAAUAGCCAAGAGCUAAGUGUUGUAUCUGAAAUGUUUCAGGUGUUAGUGGUGAAUGGGCUGUAUUUCAUUGUAGAUGCUGUACUUGCCCUUUCUCAUGCAAAAGAUGUAUCACUUAAUCUCAUCACUACUUUGCAUUCUGAGUAUCACUUAAACUGGUGAAGACUGACUUAAUUUUGUAUGAUGUAUAUUGCAAUUAAAGUGACCCUGAUGGAA